GGUACCUAUUUGUUCACCUGCAAGCCCAUGAAGCUCGGAAAGGACACAGUUACUGCUCUCAGCGAGGCUGUGAACGUAUUAAAAUCAUGGCACAUAUGUACUCAGGGGACUCCUGGAGCUGUGACCCAAACCCCUUCCCGGAGAGGCCGGCAGCUGCCCAGCGCCCCGUGUCCCAGCACCCGGCUGGGCCAUGCAGGGCGUGUGGGGCCCCGCAGCUUGCUAUCACUAGCACACCCUCAGUCAAGUAUAUAAGGAUCCAGAUCCAGUCUCUCAGCAGGGUGGACGUACAAAACCACUUGACAUCUGCGUUCAUUAAGAUAAAUGAUACAGUUUUCCUGUUCAACAGCCGUGGGAUAUUCUUCGUGGUGCUAGAUGCAUGUUCAGGAGCAGUCGUGAGUAGGUGGCACUUUGACACAGUUACUGGUGAAAACGCUGCCAGCGCAAUAACUGAUUAUAUUCAAACAUUUAUAAAAGAGAGAUCACUUGUUCUCGUGUGCUCUAGAGAUAUUGCAGAUGUGGUGGGGAGCUCUGAAAUGUCUGUUUUUACCAGGUUAGGUUCAGCAAAGCCUAUUGUCUUCCACAAGGAAGGGAGUUUCGCCAUGCUUGGCUAUAAAGGACAAACCAAACCCUCCUGGAUAAAAGUCCUUAAUCAUGCUGGUUAUCAGAAGGCUGCUUCUCUACAGCAUUAUGUUCCCUUGAAGCUGAAAGAAUAUCAAUGUCCAGAUAAUGCUGACGAGUUGCUAAAAUUCGCUUUUUCUCAGAACCACCCGGAGCACAUCUCUGCAGAGCCCGCAGCACCCUGGGAUUAG